GCAAGGCAACAAGGUCAAAAGGCUACUCCUUUAUAAUUAACAUGAGAGAUCGGGGGAGAGGGGGUAGCUGGUCAAAACCAUUGAGCAUCGUCAUCAAGGAAACAUGCCAUGAUCUAUGUAUGGUUGACAAGAGACUACGAGAGAUGGAUCGGAUCUCUCGUUAUCUUGAUGUACAUACAUAUAUAUGAGUAUUCGAUAGUACUAUAUAGUAGUUAAUUGCCCCUAGUAGCUUGGAUGCUGACAGCUGAAAACAAGGAAAAUCUCGGAUGGAUUCAGGUGUUUUCCACAUUCGUCAAGCAAAUUAGAGGCACACAGGAGCACGCACUGCUGGCUGAUUGAGCAUGUGUCAGUGUGGUGUCGUCUCCCCUCUGGCUUGGCCAUGGCCUUUUCCUUCUGGAGGUGCGCGCAUGGCGAUAGAUCAAGACCUACCCUACGGUACCCUACCGGUUAAGGUCAGAUGCAAUGCAAAGAUGGAUGGAUGGAUGGAUGGAUGGAUGGAUGACGCAGAUGUCUCUCCACACCCAACCCAACCCACGCCACACCACGUUACCACCUACUAGUUGAUUGAUGUUACCUUAAACACCUUCCAUUUUCUUAAUAAUUACUGUACUUCUCCUCUUUCUGGCAGAGUGCCAGACUGGCAGUGGUGUUGCCACUGCCUGCUUCUUCUUGCUUCCAUUGAUAUCAAUCACACAUACUCGUAGCUAGCAGCUAGCAGCACGCAGCAGCAGAAGAGGCUGCUUAGGUAGAGCUCCAUCCAGCCGAGAUGCCCAUGGCUCUCGACUCAUGGCUCUCCAAGGUCCGGUCGGCCAUGUCCUCUGCCAAGCCCUCCGGGGCGCCGCCGGGCCCCAGGAAGACCAGCGUCGGCAUCCUUGCCUUCGAGGUCGCCAGCCUCAUGUCCAAGCUCCUCCACAUGUGGCGCGCCGUCGGGGACGCCGCCGUCGCGCGCCUCCGCCACGACACCAUCAACCUCGACGGCGUCCGCAAGGUCGUCUCCGACGACGACGACUUCCUCCUCGGCCUCGCCUGCGCCGAGCUCGUCGACGCGCUCAGGGCCGCCUCCGACUCCGUCGCCGCGCUCGCCGCGCGCUGCGCGGACCCCGCCCUCCGUGACUUCAGGGACGCCUUCUUGGAGUUGGCCGACACCGGCCGCGACCGCCACCGGUGGGCGGCGCCCAGCUGGAAGGAGAUGGACACGAGGGCGCACAAGAUGGAGAAGCAGGUGGCCAGCACCACUGCGCUCCGCAGGGCCAUGGAGGAGCUAGCAGAGACCGAGCACGGCCUCCGGAAGCUCCUCCAGUGCGGCAACGGAGGCGGCGGGUGCCACCGGCGCAGCCUGUCGGCGAGCAAGAUCUCGGUCGCGGCGGAGCAGCAGCAGCUGAUUUUCUCCAAGAAGCAGGAGGUGAAGCACCUCAAGCAGACGUCGCUGUGGGGCUGCACCUUCGACGCCGUCGUCGCGUCGCUGGCGAGGGCGGCAUUCACCACCCUCGCGCGGAUCAAGCUCAUCUUCGGCGCUGGCCAAGAAGAGCGCCAUCCGCCGCUCCACCGCAGCCUGACGCUCUCCUCGGCUGUCCACCCGUCAUCCUUUGACGCGCCGCCGCUGUCGCGCAAGUCCAUGUCAAUGGAGGAGCUGCUGUUCGACCAAUCCCUGGCUGCUUCGAAACGUGGCGGGUUCUUCGAUGAAAGCUCGGCGGCGAUGACGCCGCCGCCGGGGACGCUGGGCGCGGCCGCGCUGGCGCCGCGGUACGCCGGGGUGGUGAUCUCGAUCGAGCGGAUGGCAAGGUCGCCGCGGCAGGUUGGUCCCGAGGAGCGGGACGAGCUGUACGGCAUGCUGACGGCGAGCGUGCGCGCGCAGCUUCGGGCGCGGCUGCGCGGCGCGGUGCCGGCGGCCGACCCUGGCCUGGCCGGGCAGUGGCGCGCGGCGCUGGCGGGGAUCCUGGAGUGGCUGGCGCCGAUGGCGCACGCGACGAUGCGGUGGCAGGCGGAGCGCAGCUUGGAGCGGAGGAACACGGAGGCGGCGGCGCCUGGGGGGAACACGAACACGAACGUGCUGCUACUGCAGACGCUGCACAUGGCGGACCGCGGCAAGGUGGAGGCCGCGGUGGUGGAGCUGCUCGUGGGGCUCAACUACGUGUGGCGGUUCGACAAGGAGAUGAGCUGCCGCGCGCUGUUCGCCGUGCACCGGCAGCUGAUGGCAAUGGAACAGUAGUCCGGCGAGGAGGUUGAUCAGAUUUGGUGUUUGGAUUUUCGUUUUUUUUUCUUUUUGGCUACUGUAUGUGUACAAUAUAGCAACCACUAGUCUAUAUAUCUGCAUGGAUUUUUGUGGA